UCGUCUCGCGAGACUUGCUAGUGGCCAUCUUGCUUCUACCCCUGAUACAGUCUCCGGACGGGGUCACGGGGACGCUAGGCCCGCUGUCCAGACCCUUGUUGACCAUGCUGUCCCGGGUGGUACUUUCUGCUGCCGCCACAGCGGCCCCCUGUCUGAAGAACGCAGCCCUCCUAGGACCAGGGGUAUUGCAGGCAAAAAGGAUCUUUCACACAGGGCAGCCAAGUCUUGCCCCUCUACCACCUCUUCCUGAAUAUGGAGGGAAAGUACGUCUUGGGCUGAUCCCUGAGGAAUUCUUUCAGUUCCUUUAUCCUAAAACUGGCGUAACAGGACCCUACAUGCUGGGAACUGGGCUUAUCUUGUAUUUCCUAUCUAAAGAAAUAUAUGUGAUUACCCCAGAGACUGUCUCAGCCAUGUCAGUAAUAGGGUUACUUGUCUAUGUAAUUAAAAAAUAUGGUGCCUCCGUUGCAGAAUUUAUUGACAAACUCAAUGAGCAAAAAAUUGCCCAACUAGAAGAGGUGAAGCAAGCUUCCAUCAAACAAAUCCAGGAUGCAAUUGAAUUGGAGAAGUCACAGCAAGCACUGGUUCAGAAGCGCCACUAUCUUUUUGAUGUCCAGAGGAAUAACAUUGCUAUGGCCUUGGAGGUUACUUACCGGGAUCGGCUACAUAAAGUUUAUAAGGAGGUCAAGAGUCGCCUGGACUAUCAUAUCUCGGUGCAGGAUAUGAUGCGUCGAAAGGAGCAAGAGCACAUGAUAAACUGGGUAGAGAAGAAUGUGGUACAGAGCAUCUCCACACAGCAGGAAAAGGAGACGAUUGCCAAGUGCAUUGCGGAUCUAAAGCUGCUCGCAAAGAAGGCACAAGCACAGCCAGUUAUGUAAAUGUAGCUCUCCCGGUUGAGACCGCCACCAACAUUUAGCAGACACUGGUCUAUGACACAGAAUCUUUCUAUACUGCUGUCUGCUAAAAUUACAGUUCACCUGUCUUGAAAAGUUCAAGUUUCAUUUAGUGAGAACUAAGUCUGUUGGUCAGUCAGAUGUUUGUCAUCCUUACUCUGCAUUUUAAGAUGCUCAGUGAUCACUUUUGAAGCAGCAGUUUGCGUUUAUUAAAGUUGGUUGCCUAACUAAAAGUUUCCAAGUUAUAGUUUAAAUUUGUAAUUCUACCAUCUUGCAAUAAAGUGACAAUUGAAACAAGGUUUUUUAAGUUUCAAAAU